AUGUCCAAGGGGCUUUGCAACCGUAUAUACACUUUACAAACGUUACACCUGUCCAUCCCAAACAGGAGACACAAGUACAAUCAAUACACACACUUUCCAAUAAUAAUCAUGCCCAAUACCAAGACCUACAGAACUCAUAGAACUCACAGAACCCACAGCAGAUCGCUUCCCAGACGCAGCAUACCGCACAGACUAGCACCCCCAUCGCAGCAGGCGAAGGACGACAAGAACAACAACAUACCGAUGGCCACGUUCCAGAACGAAAACGGGAACAUGAACCCGUUCGAGCCAGUACCGAUAACGUUCUACUACGUCGUGUUCCCGCACAACGAGUCGCGAGACGCGGGCACCAACACCAACAACAACGCGCAUUGA